CAUAUGUUGAUUUCUUGGCAAUAUUUUAAACCUGUCUUGAAAUGAUUACUCAACUGCAACAGAGAUAUUGGUGGGUGACUAUAACUUACACUUGUAUGCCCAUUAUUUUACAUACAUAGAAGCAUCUACCCUCUAAAGCAAAUCCCACUUUCCUACCAGUUUUUCGAUCCGCAAGCAUAUGUGAUGUGUGCACUUGUAUAUAUACAAUCCCAUGAUCUGCAACUUCUCUUCACCAAAGAAACCAAAACAACUCUAAUCUUUCCCUCUGUCAUAGUUAACCAAGAAAAGCUUUGCUCCUUUAAAUUUUCUUGAAAAUGGGUGUUGCAACUCAAUCUCUUAGCUGUGAAAUUAGUAUAGUACAAGCCAAGAACUUAGAACUCAAAUCCCAUGGAAACCUUUUCGUUAGAUACUAUCUUUUUUCAGGACACAACAAAAGAAUCCAAAUAAAUACCCAAGAAACCUCCUCAAAAUCCGACCUCUUUUGGAAUGAGUUUUUCUCAUUGGAGUGCUUAGGCACUCAAGAUUCCAUCAACAACUUGAAGCAAGAAAGUGUAGUUUUUGAGCUGAGGUGGAGGAACACAAAGUCAAUUCUUGGUAAGAUUGGAGGAUCACAACUUCUAGGUAGAGCUAAAAUUCCAUGGAAAACAGUUCUUGAAUCACCAAAAAUGGAAAUUGAGAAGUGGGUUAUGAUGGUCUCAAAGAAGAACUGUAGUGUUCUUGCUGAUGACGUUAAGCCUCCUUCAGUGCAAAUAGCAUUGAGAGUUAGAGUGCCAGAAAUGGUGGCGAUGGAGAAGAGAAAUGGGAAGUUGAGGAAGUGGGAAAAUGAUGACUGUGGUUGCUGCAAAGAUAGUGGAUGCAGAUGUCAAGAUUAUGAAAUUUUUGCAUCAGUGGCUGCUUUUGAAGCACUAUAGACACAAAAGAUUAACAAUGGCAUCUUCUCUUGGGUUUUUUGUUAUUGUUUCAAUUGGACAUGAGGAAAAUUUUGCAAUUGAAAUAUGUAUAUAUAAAUUAGCAAUUGGUAGGAAUCUUUCAAAUGAAGGGCUUGGUUUUGUUGGGAAUCUAUUCAAGUAUUAAAAACA